AGAUCAGGCCGGGACCACCGGGCGCCCCCCGUCACCGCUCUGUCCGCGCAGACUGCCGGCGAUGCAGAGUGCCAGCGCCGUGGUUUCUGCGGCAGUUGGGGUGGUGGGCGGCGGGGGCGGCCGCGAGCCCCUGUGCCGCGUGUGCGGCGACCGGGCGUCGGGGCGCCACUACGGCGUCGCCUCGUGCGACGGCUGCCGCGGCUUCUUCAAGCGCAGCGUCCGCCGCCAGCUGCAGUACGUGUGCAAGGAGGGCGGCACCUGCGUCGUCGACGUCGCCCGCCGCAACCAGUGCCAGGCGUGCCGCCUCGCCAAGUGCCUGCGCGCAGCCAUGAGGCCCGAAGCCGUGCAGCACGAGCGGGCGCCGCGGGGUCAGCCGCGCCGGCGCCUGCGUUCUCCGGCGGCGAUGUGCCACGGGCCGGUGGGAGGGGGUGACGUGCCGCCUCUGUGCUGCCCUGCGCCGCCGCCGCUCGUGUCGCCGCUCAGAGACCUCUGCUGGGGCGCACCGCGAGAGCCCGCCGAGCCUGCGACAGCGAGGAUCACCGCCGACGCGGUUCCUUCAUCGACGACGGAGGAAGCGAAUGGCGUCGACGACCAGGCGCCGGACUCGGCGUCCGCUCAGCGGCCGGGCAUCGCGUCGCCCCCAGUCUUGCCAGGCGGCUUGGGACCGGCGCUGGCCAGCGAGUCGUCGGCGUCCUCAGCUAGCUUGCCGUCGGCGGCCGGACUGCCUCCCGAGUUGGCCGGAGCACACCAGGCGGCGGCGGCAGCUUCGCUGGCCGACCUUCAAGGCGCGGGGGGCCUUCCCUUUUUCCGCGGUCCCAUCGCCAUGCUGCCCAGGCCGCUGCUCUGGUGGCCGCUCUCCGAAGGUGUACAGGAGACAGCCGCCAAGCUGCUCUUCUGCAGCCUGCGCUGGAUCCGCAGCGUGCCAGCGUUUGCGCAGCUGUGCUGCCGGGACCAGCUGCUUCUGCUCGAGGCCUCCUGGAGCGACGUGUUCCUGCUGAGCGCCGCGCAGUGGGGAUUCCCGCUGGUCACUGCCGCCGGUGUCGACUCUGCGGCGGGCGAAGGCGGUGGUGCGGCGGGAGGCCUGCGCGGCCUGCAGGCGGUGCGCGAGGCCGUGGCCAGGCUGACCGCUCUGCAGACGGACGCCGCAGAAUACUCGUGCCUCAAGGCGCUCGCCCUGUUCAGGCCAGAGGUGUCCGGUCUGCGCGAGGCGUCCCAAGUGGAGCGCGUCCAGGAGCAGACGCUGUCGGUGCUCCUGGAGAGCGGCGACGAGCGGCCCCGACAGCAGCACCGCACCGCGCGUCUCCUGCUGCUGCUGGGCUCUCUGCGCGCGGUGCCGGCCACGCUGCUCGAGGAAGCCUACUUCCGGCCCACCAUCGGACCGGUGCCCAUCGAGCGCAUCCUCUGCGACGUCCUGCAGACGCUCUGAGAAACCGCACUGUCCCGCUAUCCGCGUAGCCGCCGCUAUAGUAUACAAUCCGAAAGCGAUGGACUAACUGGGCAACUCCUUAAUGAGGGUGUAACUGCGUAUCACGUGAUAAAGUGGAAGCUUGUGCGAGUUGGUGAUUCAAUAUCGACAUGACUGCACAGCGCAAAAGGCGAGGACAGA